CACAUACUUACUGCUUAGAGACUUUUUAAGGUCGACUUUAGCUUUGGGAGAGACUUUGCCUUGAGCCAAAGAAAGAAUUACCCCUCCUAGCUCCCAGUCUCUCUCUUUCUGAUUUUUAGAUCUGUAGCACUUGGCGGUGGCCAGUAUCAACCCAGAAAAGCCGCAGAAAGAGUUUAUGCUACUGGAAAUGGGGAUAUCAAGAUCUCUCGCUAAAUCCACUGCCUCCACCAUACUUACAGUCUUCUUGUUUUCCUGCUUCUGCUUCACUUCUACAGAUGCCUUUGAUCCACUUGAUCCAAAUGGAAACAUCACUAUAAAAUGGGAUGUUAUCGGCUGGACAGCUGAUGGCUAUGUGGCUGUUGUGACGAUGUACAACUUCCAGCAAUAUAGGCAUAUUCAAGCCCCAGGGUGGACCUUGGGAUGGACAUGGGCUAAAAAGGAAGUUAUUUGGAGCAUGGUUGGAGCUCAAACCACCGAACAAGGAGAUUGUUCAAAGUUCAAAGCAAACAUUCCACAUUGCUGUAAAAAAACUCCAACCGUUGUUGACUUGCUACCUGGAACUCCUUACAAUCAACAAAUUGCAAAUUGUUGCAAGGGAGGAGUUAUCAAUUCCUGGGGUCAGGAUUCCUCAACCGCUGUAAGCUCUUUCCAAGUCAGCGUUGGUCAAUCAGGGACCACCAAUAAAACUGUUAAAGUGCCUAAGAAUUUUACGUUGAAGGCACCUGGUCCAGGUUAUACUUGUGGACCCGCAAAGAUUGGAAAACCCACCAAGUUCAUUACUUCAGAUGGGAGAAGAGUAACUCAAGCUAUGAUGACAUGGAACGUGACAUGCAUGUAUUCACAGUUUCUAGCCCAAAAAACUCCAACUUGUUGUGUCUCACUAUCGUCCUUCUACAAUAGUACAAUUGUACCCUGCCCAACAUGCACCUGCGGCUGUCAAAACAAUGGCACUCAACGUGCAAACUGUGUAGAUCCAAAAACUCCCCACCUAGCCUCGGUUGUAUCAGAUCACGGGAAUGGGAACGGAAACUUGGCUCCUUUGGUACAGUGUACAAACCACAUGUGCCCGAUUAGAAUUCACUGGCAUGUAAAGCUUAACUACAAGGAGUAUUGGCGGGUGAAGAUAACCAUAACCAACUUCAACUAUAGGAUGAAUUAUUCACAAUGGAACAUGGUUGUCCAACACCCCAACUUUGAUAAUUUGACUCAGAUCUUCAGCUUUAAUUACAAGGCUUUAACUCCGUAUGGAACAUUGAAUGACACUGCGAUGCUAUGGGGAGUGAAAUUCUACAAUGAUUUUCUUUCUCAAGCCGGUCCUUUAGGAAAUGUCCAGUCAGAGCUUCUCUUCAAAAAGGAUUCAUCAAGUUUCACUUUUGAGAAGGGAUGGGCAUUUCCACACAGAAUCUAUUUCAACGGGGACAACUGUGUCAUGCCACCACCUGAUGCAUAUCCAUAUUUUCCAAAUGCUGCUUCUAGACAUACGGCCACUCUACUUUCUCUACUUGUGACAUUCAUAUCAUCCAUGGCAUUCUUCUUUGUGUGCAUCUAAAAUGCGCGUUUUAUUGAUAUCAUUUUGAAAUUCUCUGUAUAAUAGUGUCAUCUUUGCGUGCACGUCUAAAAUGUGCCUUGUUGAGUUUGUUUGUUUAUACUUCCAAGUUCUAAAAACAUAUUGCUUGUAGAUUUUUGAGUUCAUAGUAUCACACUGUUACUAUAGACUGCACUAGAAUAAAGACCAUUACAAAGAGAUAAGUUUUAUGACAAUACUUAUGGUAUUUUGUUCUCAGUAUUGCAUUUCAUCAUAAUUAUUUCUUAAUAUAAUAAAUAUUCUAUACAAGUUGUUAUGUCCUUUCAUUCUGUC